GCUCCGCGCGCUUUACGCGCCAGCUUCGGCCUUAGCCUGCGAGCAACGGGGUCGCGACGGACAAUGGAAAGCAGCGACGGGGAAGCCGUCGACAAGCGCCGCGUCCACCUGCGCCCUGUUACGCUGCGCGAUCCCGCCCCCAUCUUGCUGCACCUUCUGCCCUGCGAGGUUCUGGUUAACCGGCCCGCCCCCGUGGGGCUCUUCUUCACCCCGGCCAUCCGCCAGGGUCCCGACGGACUGGAAGUGUCGUUCCGGGGCCGCAGUCUACGCGGCGAGGAGGUGGUGGUGCCGCCCGGCCUCGUGGGAUAUGUGAUGACAGAAGAGAAGGGAGAGGUGUUGCUGGGGAAGCAGGACUUCUCGGAGGGUUUGGAGGAUGACGAGCAAGAGGAGCGGGAACUGGUGGAGCCCCCGGAGGCGCUGGAGCGCGACUUCGACCGCUUUAUUGGAGCCACAGCCAGUUUCAGCAGCUUCACCCUGUGGGGCCUGGAGACUAUCCCCGGACCCGAUGCCAAAGUGCGUGGGGCCCUGACCUGGCCCAGCCUCGCUGCAGCGAUUCACGCACAGGUACCCGAGGACUGAGAACCAGAGCUUGAAACUGAAAGCCACCAAUCCCUUCACCCCAGUAAACCCUUCUUCACUUUGGAGCCUGAUUCCAUCACCCCAAUAAAGGAGCUCUUCACAGAACACCUGUAAGUUCGCCAGCACCUUGGAUCCAGCACUGCCCAUUUUCCCACAAGGACCUUUCACAGCUCUGACCUAUAGAAACAAUUUAUUGCCAGGGGGCAGUGGGGCAAGAGAGGCCAGAAUUCUGCAGCCAGUUCCCACCCCACCCCACCCCCAGCUUCUACUUUACAAAAGAAAUUUGUACAGCCACCAGUCCUCUAUACAAGCCACCCGCACCCCCCAUCUCACUGUACACAGCUGCCUGGCUCCCUCUGGUCCCUGGUUCACAGCAGGCCUGGGCCUGCGGCCAGCCGACCUUGGAGUUGACCUGAGCCCUGAGCUCGCCCUGGUGCUAGGCACCAGCAGGCCUUUACCAGGCCUGUCCUCUCCUUGUGGAGUUGUCCUCUGCCCUCUCUCCCUUGGCGCGCCUCUUGGAGACCCCAGUGGGGGAGGGAUGGGCCGUCAGCCGCAGUUCUGCUGGCUUUGCUGGCACUGCCACGGGCAGUGCCUGGUCACCAUUUUCCCCUCUUGCUCCAGUCCUUGGGAGUGAAGUGCAGACACUUGGAGUCGAUCCGAAGAAGCCGCUUGAGCAUAGCCCGUUCGUGCCCAUCCACGAUGUCCUCCGACAGUGUGAGGAUAUACUGGCCCUGGACAGGAGACGGGGCCAGGCAGGUCAGCCCACGUGGGGCCUGCUCUCUGCACCCCUACACACACCUGUCUCCCCCUGCCUGCCUCCCUACCUUGUAGUAGUUGAUGAGGUUGAGGUACUGUAGAGUGGAGAUGACAUCCUCCUUCUUGAUGCUGGUAAUUUCACUGAUCUCACUGUGGGAGGGCAAAGAUCAGGUCCCCUGGGGGCCUACAUCUCCACCCCAGGCCCCCAGUAGCCCGAAGAGUGAGAAAGCCCGGGAACAGACAGGUCAUGCCAUGCACCCCCGGGCAGGCAGGGCCAGGCUCACUUGAUGGUGAUCUGCGGCCUCUCCCCGCUCUCUGACUUCAGCCCCAUCAAGAUCUCCAGAAUGGUCUGGGACCAGUAGCUUCGGUAGGAUAGGAGGCCAAGAUCCGAGAGGGGCUUCUCAGGGGUCCCCGUUUUCCCUUCCACUUUGGAGAGUUCAUAGCCUAAAGCAAUGGAGCAGGAGGGGGUGGGUAAGCAAUCACAGCGUUAUGCAGCCAUCGUUUAGGAAUGCAGGUUGCAGAGGUAGACUGCAUGGCUUCCAUUCUGGGCCUGCCAUGUGGUAGUUCUGUGCCUCAGUUUCCUUGUAAAGGACUAGUGAGCGUACUGUUCACCUGUGUGCUGAGGGCACUGAGAGAAGUAGCUACAAUCAAUUAAAAGCCAGUGAGGGCUUACAGGUGGGAUGCGGGGAGUGCAGAGAAAAUGGUUUGUGGAAAGUGCGUGCCUCCAACUUGCCUCAGUCAUACCAGACUCUCUGCGCCUGGAUAUGUGAGGAGAGAAGAGGGGACGACCCCACCUCUGGUCCAGGCCUGAGGAUGCUUGCAUUCUCAGUCAAAUCAGUUCCUCAGCUGUGACCUGAGAAGCAUCAGCUGCUCUAAGACCAGGCUGGCCUGACUGGAUGGCUGGGAGGAAGCAAGAAGGGCGCCAAAGCACUUCCCAAGUCAGAGGGAGGCCAUUCCUCAGCAGUAGCUACCUCUCCAGUGGCUCUCUCCCUCCCAUUCUGACUGCUGUGCCCUCCUCUACCCUGCUGACCACUGGGCACUGGCAGGCAGUUCCUGGUGAGACCCUCAGGCCAUGCAAAACCCUGAGCGGUUUCACAUCUCUUGGACAGUAUUCAUUUCCCCGUCAUUUCCUCUGAGAUGUCUCCACUACUUCUAGAAGCCCUUCUUUAUCCUCAGUCAUAAUGAGCCUUGUGUUGGAUCGUAGCCCUUUCUCCUUUCCCCCUUGAUUCAUCUUUAUCAGCCAGUCUGACCCUCUUGCCCAACUUCCUGUGACUUUCACCAAGCAGCCCGGUGGGGAGGACAGAGAGACUUGUGCUUUGGAGGAAGAAAGCACGGAAGAGGGAAGGGGCACACUUGAGUUCUUACUCAACUUUGGGGGGAGUGCAUGCAGAGUCCUGACAGAUCAACUGGAGGCCACACUUGCCUCCUCAGCUGCAGGAGCUCCCAGCCCCUCCCAGUCAACAACCGACCCACCCUCUGGAGCUGCCUGGAAUGGUGCUUCUAAUGCCCUGUCUGCUCCUGCCGGGCACAACUGAGCACAUUUCCUUGGUGGCCCCGCACACAUCCCAUCUCCACUGAGGGCUGAGCUCCAAGGCUAGACUGACUUUCAGCAACCUUCUGCUCUUCAGGCAGAAGGUUUCCUGAGGAUGUGACCACAUCUUGGCAUGUUUCUAUACCAAUAAAAUUUCUCAGAACAU